GGAUACCUUUGAACGAGGUAUGGAGAUACACGCCAAGAUGACCAUGUUUGCGGAGGGUUGCCAUGGUCACCUCUCAAAACAACUGUUUGAUAAGUUUGAACUCAGGAAGAACUGCCAGCCCAUGACAUAUGCAAUUGGAAUCAAGGAGUUGUGGGAGGUUCCAGAAGAGAACCACGAGCCGGGAUUAGCAGUACACACGGUGGGCUGGCCCAUGGAGCACACAACGUACGGGGGAAGUUUUCUCUACCAUAUUAACGAUGGUCCUCUGGUGGCUUGUGGUUUUGUCACCGCACUUGAUUACAAGAACACCUACUUGUCCCCUUUUAAAGAAAUGCAGAGGUGGAAGACGCACCCUAAGAUAGCUGCACAUCUUGAUGGUGGUGAGAGGAUUAUGUACGGGGCGCGGGCUCUCAAUGAAGGAGGAUACCAGUCUCUUCCAGAAAUAGUGUUCCCAGGUGGACUGAUGAUGGGCUGCAGUCCUGGGUUUUUAAACGUUCCCAAGAUAAAAGGGACUCACACGGCCAUGAGAUCCGGCAUUAUCGCUGCUGAUGCCACCUUCGACAGUAUAGUGAACGGUCACCUCUCCAUGGAGAAAGGUGAGGUUUUAGAAACUUACAAAGAAGCGCUAAUGAACAGCCACGUGUGGGAGGAGCUGUACGCUUGCCGGAAUGUAAGACCUUCUUUCUGUACAAAGGCUGGUCUAUGGGGAGGAAUGUUGUACACGGGAUUGUUCUACGUGGUACUUGGAGGAAAAGAGCCCUGGACUCUGAAACAUCACGGAGCUGACAGUGACUCUCUACUCCCUGCUGAACAGAGCAAAGUCAUUGAAUACCCUAAACCAGAUAACAAGCUGACGUUUGAUCUGCUGUCCUCGGUGGCACUGUCCGGUACUAACCACGAGGGUGACCAGCCCGCUCAUCUCACUCUCAAAGAUGACUCUGUUCCUGUGGAAAGGAACUUGGGUCUGUUUGACGGACCCGAACAAAGGUUCUGUCCAGCGGGAGUGUACGAAUACGUGCCAGAAGAUGUUGGUGACGGAUACAGAUUACAGAUAAACGCAAGUAACUGCGUGCAUUGCAAGACAUGUGACAUCAAGUGUCCCUCCCAGAAUAUCAACUGGGUGGUGCCUGAAGGUGGAGGUGGUCCUGGUUACAACGGAAUGUGAAUCUCUGAUUUAAAAACAUUUUCACGCUCCGUCUCCCCGCCCCAUUUUAAAACUCUGAUUUAUAGGCUGCACAAAUCACAUACUGUAUAGUAUGCACGCCGAUUUUUGGGGCCUGACAAGAUAAGAUAGGGCGUCCUGUUAUCAGUAUCUAGAAAGGAAAUUUGACCCCGUUUCCUUGAUAUUCCAUUAGAUCAAAGCACGCUGCACUGUGCACAUUAUAGUUUUGUAUAUAUUGUGUUUUACAAUAUGCAAGUGCUGAUAAGGAAAGAACUUAGGUUCUAUAGCUUUUGGUGACCCUCCCAUUUCAAUACUAGUGUCCAGUGAUAUUGGGUGCUAGAUUGUCGAAUUAGGAAUGUUCUUAGGUACUCUUAAUAUUUUUGUCUUUUGCUAUAGUUUAUAAUUUCCUGUUGAGCUGUGUAUAGUACUGUACUUGUACGCUGUCUGAACAAUGCAGAGUACCAUAUCCCAGGAAUAUCGAAGCCUCUUUUGUUUAAUUUUUAUUAACUUAUUGUGACCCUUCCUAAAGAUAAAUUAAACUAAAAUAAAUGUUAAAGUUCAGUUGUGUGUUUGCGAGUUCUGCUCGAUCCAGUUUUAUGGAGAUCUUUUGAGAUGUUAUAUUGCAGUAUGUGUUUUUGAUAAUUAUGAUUUCCAUGUUAGUUAAUAAAA